CACAGGUGAACCCAGGGCCGAUGAUCACCUGAGAUCAUAGAGCUAUGAUGAGCGGCCACAGCGAGUAACCCCCUGGACCUCCGCCUCCGCCAAACUGCAGAGGGAGAAAGGCUCCCCCCGUGACCCAUACAGGCUCUUUGUCAGCGGGCGUGUCUCUCCUGACCAGUUUCCACACCUGCAGCGAGUUCCUCCACUUAAUUUUCUGUUGCUCUUGAGCAGCUUUGCGGACAGAACAUGACUUGUUUCUCUGUCAGGGGAUCAGACGGGGAGCGUCAAAAACCACAACUCCACCUGUAAACAAGUAUCCAGUCAAAAAAGACACACUGCUAAAUGGCCAGGUACUGCUGUCGGUGGCGUAACCUGCUGCUCUGUGUGUGCACGCCUUUCUGCUGUCUGCUGCUGUUCUUCACCUACGCGGCUGUCAACAUAAGUAUCAGCCUAAAUGGCGUUUCGUCCCGUCCCGAAAGGGCAGAGAAUGUGAUCCUCCCUGUGAUUCCUACCACUUUCUGGGAACACCAUAGCAGUGCCUUUUGGAACCAGCUCCAGAGGGCCGUGGACUACCACUUCAACCCCAUCCUGUACUCGGAGAGCCGGAAUCGAUCGGCGAUUGUCCACUUAGGUGAUUCCUUACUCAACAAAAGUUUCUUUGAAGUUACCAACAUGGGUCACAUGAAGAAGAAACUUGAGGAACUGCCACCAGCCAUGCAGAAGUAUGUCAGUCACAUGCAAAGGAGGAGCUACCCCGUCCUGAUCCAGCCAGACGGGGCGUGUGGGGCCAAAGCGAGGCGUGAGGAUCAGACGCCUUUCAUUCUGUUCGCCAUCAAGUCAUCAGAACUGAACAUCAAGAACCGACAAGCCAUCCGACAGACGUGGGGUCAGGUGGGAUGGGUGCAGGGGCAGAAGAACAGCAGCAACAAAGAAGAAGUAGGAGGAUACGUCCGGAGGGUGUUCUUGCUCGGCAAGGAAGACUCCCAUUUUCUGGGUGCAAAUAUGUCUCACCUGCUGAACGCGGAGAACAGACGUUACGGAGACAUCCUGCAGUGGGACUUUGAAGACACCUUUUUCAACCUCACCCUGAAGGACGUCCUCUUCUGGAGCUGGUUCUCACGCAACUGUGGUCGGACUCUCUUCGUCUUCAAGGGCGACGACGACGUCUUCGUCAACACUCCAAAACUCAUCUCCUACCUCCACGAAGAGCUGAAGAAACCGCACGCGCACGCCACCAUGAAGGAAUUCAUGAUCGGAGACGUCAUAGGAGAUGCGAUGCCGAUCCGAGCGAAGUACUCCAAGUACUUUGUGCCGGACAGCUUCUACAAGGGCAUCUACCCCAGCUACGCAGGUGGAGGAGGGGUGGUGUACUCGGGCCAUUUGGCUCGACGCUUGCACCACAUCUCUAAAACCGUCCACCUGUACCCCAUCGACGACGUCUUUGUAGGGAUGUGCAUGCUUCGCCUGAACGCACUCCCCAUCCAUCACCCCUCUUUCCUCACAUUUGACUUCCCGUCCACCAUUAAAGAGGAUCCGUGCGCCGAUCACACCGUUCUGCUGGUCCACAAAAGAGGCCCUGAGCAGUUGGUGGAGAUGUGGGCCGAGUUGAAAAGGACCUGGACGCAAUGUCGGGACGUUCCUCUGUGGGCUCCGGUUAUAAAAAAGCCAUGAGGACCAUGUGGUCACACGGUAGCCAUGCACUUUCACUUUUGCGGUAAGGAAAAACCAAUCGACACAACUUUCCCGUUAAAACCUGACUAUGCGUCACCACAUCCACACCAGCCUGAAAAUAUGCCUGCAUAACUUAAAUAACACACUUUUAGUGGAAAACCUGAACUUUUAUAGUCUUGGUUACCAGAACUGCACUGCUGAUCAUGAACUGACUUUCACUUUGUUCCAUGUUAAUUUAUUUGUUCUUGUAAAUUGGUGAUAUAAUUUUUUCUUUAGUUUGAUAUAGGAUUUUUUUAAAAGCUCUUUAAAUGCAUUCCGAUCUGCUUUUAUUGUCAAUAAAAAAUUAUCUGUUUUGGUUAAAAAGCUUCAGAACUCCAAAUUUUCAGAAGAAUUCAGUUUAUCCUCCUUCACAGACAAACAUGAGUUAUGGUUUAUUUUCUUUUUUCUUCUUUAAUUGAAAUAGAAUGCUUACAGGGAGCUUUGAUGGAUCAUAAGAAUAAGAUAAAAGCAUUACAAAGAUGUAUUUAUUAAAAAUGUCUGGGAGAUAUAAUAAUCCACCUAAAAAUUCAUAAAUUAUUUCAAGACUUUUCAGAUGACCAUUAUUAAAACAUUUGUUUUCUCUACUUAUUAAAGAAUUUCAAACAUUCA